GUCAUCGCUGCAGCCUCCAUUUCUCAAAUCAAUCGCUGCCGGCGUGCUGGCAUACGGCAGAGCAAAUGCACCCAUCCAGCGACGCACAAAACUGCCAGACCCUCCCUCCCUCCGCCCGCCCGGUUCCUUCAUGCAACAGCAUGAGGGUUAGAGAAAUGCGUGCGAACCUCACUUCUUAUCCACUCGAGAGCAGCCCACAGCGUCGAGCGCAAAUACCCCUGCGCGCACACACACACGCGUCGGGCGUCCAUCACAACACCGCAGCAGCAUCGCAUGACGGACUCACUGACCUCUUCGCUCUUGUUUUGCGAUUCUGUGACGAAGCUCGUCAUCAAUGCACAGUCAGACACGAUGGUCGACGGAGCGGACUGCACACAGGCAGGACAGGCAGGCAGGCAGGCAGGCAGGCACACAAAAAGACCACAGGCCUCAUCUCUCUCUCUCUCUCUCUCUGUGUGUGUGUGUGUGUGUGCGUGUGUGUGUCUCAUGCCUUACCCAGCAGAGCAUGAAGGCGAAGAGGGGCACCAGAUUGUCAGCGUCGAUCAGCCGUGUGGCCGAUGCAGCGGUGAGCAUGUUGUCACUGGAGCCCCCCUCGGUCCGUCGCGCCUCCUGCACGUCAACCUCUAUCUGACGCGCCACCCCUUGCAGCGCCGCCAGCUUCUGUCCUGGCGUGUCCAGGUGCGAAAGAGUCCCCAGCAGCCUGCAUUGCAUGAAGGUGCCAAACAGAGAGAGAGACACACAAUGGUCACUGACGGCCGCCGUGCACGACCAAUCUGUCACCAAAUCGCGUUGGCAAAGGGCAAAGCGAUCCCGCUGUGGGGCGGAGCAGGGGGCGCAUGUCUUUUCACGCCCACACCACCACCAGCUCCACCAGCAGCUGGUGCAGCAGCAGCCGACUGUGGCGCAACAACAGGACUCAGCAGGUUCUUCCGCAGAUGGCUGUCCGCUCUCGGCCGCACAAACACCUUGUUCCUUCGCCAGUUCUUGCGCAUGAGCGGAGAGGUGUCCUGGCUGCAGAUGGAUGCGGCGAGCGACUUCUGAUGCGCGUAGGCGUGUGGGAUGUGUGGGGUGAGGAGGGGCAGCGGGGAGGCGACGAUGUCCUGCCAGAGGGGAGGAGCGGGGCCUGGCGAGGACGGCGGGACGCAGAAGUGGGGGUCCACCCCACAGGCCUCCGGCGAGGUGAAGAGACAUGACGCUGCACACACAGGCGAGAGGGGUAGAGGGGCAGGUCCAUCCGGCAUCAGGCUUCAAAGCCUGCACACCUUGCUGCAGCGUCUCCUGUGUCUUCUCGUCUUCACUCAAAUACGCCUCCCGAUACAGUGACACGACCUGAGAAGAAAGCACAUUCCACAGAAGGCCGCCGUGAUGUUCCUUCCUCGGGAGUAUGUGUGUUGCGGCUCGCCUUUCGGCCGCCGGGUGUGGUAAAGAAAUACGACACCAGCACCCUCAUGGCACGGUCCUUCUUGCCCGUCGUCAGGUGGAAUGGGAACGACGAGGCAUACAGCCGCAAGAAGGCUCCAUGCAUGACGGCCAGGUGCCCCUUGACCCUUCCCACCAGACGGUCCAGGAACCGGCGUCUCUCCCCGGCCUCCUGCUGCCCCGCCUCCUCUUUCUUCUCUGAAGUCACGAUGAUCUUGGCUCGCUCAUGCCGCUGCACCAGCGUCAGAAUGUCGUCACUGGCGGCCUGCAUCAGCUGGUGGAUGGGGUGGGCCAUGCAGCUGAUCCACGCAAGCAUCACUUGCAUACAGAAAUCAGCGGGCGUCAUCAUCCCACACCACACCCUGCCGCUCUCGAGAGCCAUUGCCAGGCCGGCAGCGAACUGGGAAGCCGCCAAGGCGGCACUCACCCACAAGGCCUCGGCAUAUGGAGUGCCUGCAGCCAGCCACACAAAGACGCAUCGCAUCCAUACAAAGCUCUGUCAGACAUCCCCCACACCCGCCUAGUAUCACGUCACUUACACUCCACAAUGCUCCGUGCAGUCCACUUUCGCUCGAGGUACUCUAAAGAUGUCGCCCACGAAGAGGCAGGUGGGCGCAUGCAUGGCAAUCAGCCUGUCUGAACGGCUCUGCAUACCUACCUCGCCACGAGCUCGUGUGGAGGGCCCGGGCAUUCAACGACGAUGACUGAUGGGGCGCAUGGCACCUCCGCUUGAGCUUGUCGAUGUACUCCUUACAGGGCCUGGGCCAGCCCCAUUUCUUGUUCUUGCGCUUGGGUAAGAUAUUCCCCAUCUGUUCUUUCGGGGAGAGAGCUG